CGGAAUUUUUCUAUUCCUUCUUUUUGGAGGAGUUGCAGAACCACCACACACAAGUUGUAGGAGAGAAAGAAAAGUCGAAUAAAGAAGAAAAAGAAGACGCUCUGUUCUUGAAUUCUUGAAUUCUUGAAUCAAUCAAUCAAAGCUGCUCCGGGGGUGGCUGAACAAAACCCUAAUCCCAAUUUUCCCCGAAUAUGCCAUUUCUGAGGAUAGUGAGACUACUCUUACCAGGGAUUAGAGUGUUGAUAAGAAGGUCGUUACUUUGGUUGCUGUAGAUGCAUAUCCGUGAAUAUAUUCCCUCUUGGAUCUACCAGUUACUUGGUUGCAUGGGGUCUCCACACGUUUUCUGCACUUCUCUUCUCACUGGCGUUUUUGUUUUAUGGCAGUACAGAAGUUGUUUUGGAUGCUGCAAUAAACCACCGCUUAUAGUUGCAGUGGAUGAGCCGUCUAAAGGGUUAAGGAUUCAAGGUCGUCUAGUGAAGAAGCCAAGCGUGUCGGACGACUUCUGGAACACGAGCACCUGCGAGAUGGAUAACAACAGCACAAUGCAGUCACAGAGAAGCGUUUCUUCUAUCAGCUUCACUAACAACACUGCUACUUCUGCAAGUAGUAGCAACCCCAAUGAAUUUGCUAACAAUGGAUUGAACCUCUGGUUGCAAACUAGACAACAGUGGCUUGCAAAUGGAUCUUCUCAAUCAAAGGCCAAAGUUCGAGAACCUACAAUAAGCUGGAAUGCAACGUAUGAGAGCUUGUUGGGUAUGAACAAGCGGUUCUCUCGUCCAAUACCUCUCCCUGAAAUGGUGGAUUUUCUGGUGGAUGUGUGGGAGCAAGAGGGCUUGUAUGAUUGAUUGAUUUGCAACUCAAGAAUAUACUUAAUCUCAUCUCCUCUUUCUUCUUCUUCUUCUUGUGUGUGUUCUUGUGUGUAAUCAAACUUUGCUUCCUGAAAAGUAUUUAAAAUCUCAAGGAACUAAGAUAUUUUACCUUCAAAGUAAAUACUGAUUUACAUAUAUAUUUUUGUUUGUGUGUUUUGAUGUGUUAAAUCACUUGAUUAUUGUAAUAAACUCAGAAUUGGUUUAUAUUUUAUAAUCCAAGUAAAUCUUUCCUUC